AUGAACUUCAACGGCAAUAUGGAUCACGAGGAAUCACUCGCCAACAAUAAGUAUGAGAUAAAGGUAAAGGAACAAAAGCAGGAGAUGAAAGAGAACACUGUGACGACUCCGCAUUCAAUGGCCGACAAACAGAAAAUACAGAAGUCCAGUCAAGUGGUCAUCGGAGCCGAACCAGAGAAGCGUCAGAUAAUAAAACCGCAUGGGGACUAUACUUACUGGCAACAUUUGGCCGUAUCUUUAGAACUUGAAGUGAAAGAGUACUUAUUGUGGUGCUCCACUUCAUUGGAGAUUCCAGAACAUCUAAAAGAGGACUGGUACAAACUGACCACUGCAAUAAUAAAAACAUCUGAAUCCAUUGUAAAACAUACUAAUUACAUAAAAGAUGAAUUUUAA